GAACAGUGUUAGGAGGAGGAGAGCGAAGCUAUUGAGCCUGCGAGGAGUGAAGCGGAGUCUGCCUCAUACACUCCUAGAGGACCGCCUCCAGAAUAGAGUUCUUUUCGCCCCUUCCUCCUUCUCCCAGCUCCUCUCCUGGCCUUUCUACCCGCCCAAUACAAUGCAUACUCGAAUGGCAGCUCCAGAGAACUGAAGCAAACCAAAGAGAAAGGACUGGAGCCGAGACACUUCUGGAGGGGAAGCUUGGAUGCCUGGCUUUCUUUGAGGUCAUCUCUGGAACCAGGGUGGCUUUGGGGUGGAGGGUCUUGCUGCAGGGAACCCAGCCAGGUCCCAAGAUGGACACUUCUGGGCACUUCCAUGACUCAGGGGUGGGGGACCUGGAUGAAGACCCCAAGUGUCCCUGUCCAUCCUCUGGGGACGAGCAACAGCAGCAACAGCAACCGCCACCACCGCCAGCGCCACCGGGAGUCCCCCAACAGCCUCCGGGACCCUUCCUGCAGCCUCAGCCUCCGCAGCUUCAGCAGCCUCAGCAGCAGCCGCAGCAGCAGCAGCAGCAGCAGCAGCAGCAGCAGCAGCAGCAGCAGCAGGCUCCACUGCAUCCCCUGCCUCAGCUUGCCCAACUCCAGAGCCAGCUUGUCCAUCCUGGUCUGUUGCACUCCUCUCCCACGGCUUUCAGGGCUCCCACUUCGGCCAACUCCACCGCCAUCCUCCACCCUUCCUCCAGGCAAGGCAGCCAGCUAAAUCUCAAUGACCACUUGCUUGGCCACUCUCCAAGUUCUACAGCCACAAGUGGGCCUGGUGGAGGUAGCCGGCACCGGCAGGCCAGCCCCCUGGUGCACCGGCGGGACAGCAAUCCCUUCACUGAGAUAGCUAUGAGCUCCUGCAAAUACAGCGGUGGGGUCAUGAAACCCCUCAGCCGCCUCAGCGCCUCCCGGAGAAACCUUAUCGAGGCCGAGCCUGAGGGCCAACCCCUCCAGCUCUUCAGUCCCAGCAACCCCCCAGAGAUUAUCAUCUCCUCCAGAGAGGAUAACCAUGCCCACCAGACUCUGCUCCAUCACCCCAACGCUACCCACAACCACCAGCAUGCCGGCACCACUGCCAGCAGCACCACCUUCCCCAAAGCCAACAAGCGGAAAAACCAAAACAUUGGCUAUAAGCUGGGACACAGGAGGGCCCUGUUUGAAAAGAGAAAGCGACUGAGUGACUAUGCUCUGAUUUUUGGGAUGUUUGGAAUUGUUGUUAUGGUGAUAGAGACCGAACUGUCUUGGGGUUUGUACUCAAAGGAUUCCAUGUUUUCGUUGGCCCUGAAAUGCCUUAUCAGCUUAUCCACCAUCAUCCUGCUUGGUUUGAUCAUCGCUUAUCACACAAGGGAAGUCCAGGUCGAGAGGUUUCUUGUGCUCUAUUUUCUACGUGUAAGACCACCAAAGCCGUCAGAAAUGCUCUUUGUGAUCGACAAUGGUGCAGAUGACUGGCGGAUAGCCAUGACCUAUGAGCGCAUCCUCUACAUCAGCCUGGAGAUGCUGGUGUGUGCCAUCCAUCCCAUUCCUGGAGAGUACAAGUUCUUCUGGACUGCACGCCUGGCCUUCUCCUACACCCCAUCCCGGGCAGAGGCUGAUGUGGACAUCAUCCUGUCCAUCCCCAUGUUCCUGCGCCUCUACCUGAUCGCCCGGGUCAUGCUGCUGCACAGCAAGCUCUUCACCGACGCCUCCUCCCGAAGCAUUGGCGCCCUCAACAAGAUCAACUUCAACACUCGAUUUGUCAUGAAGACGCUCAUGACCAUCUGCCCAGGCACGGUGCUGCUGGUGUUCAGCAUCUCUCUGUGGAUCAUCGCUGCCUGGACAGUGCGAGUCUGUGAAAGGUACCAUGACCAGCAGGACGUCACUAGUAACUUUCUGGGUGCCAUGUGGCUCAUCUCCAUCACGUUCCUUUCCAUUGGCUAUGGGGACAUGGUGCCCCACACAUACUGUGGGAAAGGUGUCUGUCUUCUCACUGGCAUCAUGGGUGCAGGCUGCACUGCCCUGGUGGUAGCUGUGGUUGCCCGAAAACUCGAGCUCACAAAAGCAGAGAAGCAUGUUCACAACUUCAUGAUGGACACUCAGCUCACCAAACGGAUCAAGAAUGCUGCCGCAAACGUCCUCCGGGAAACAUGGCUAAUCUAUAAACACACAAAGCUGCUAAAGAAGAUUGACCAUGCCAAAGUCAGAAAACACCAGAGGAAGUUCCUCCAAGCUAUCCACCAACUGAGGGGUGUCAAGAUGGAGCAAAGGAAGCUGAGUGACCAAGCCAACACCCUGGUGGACCUUUCCAAGAUGCAGAAUGUCAUGUAUGACUUAAUCACAGAGCUCAAUGAUCGGAGUGAAGACCUAGAAAAGCAAAUUGGCAGCCUGGAGUCCAAGCUGGAGCACCUCACAGCCAGCUUCAACUCGCUGCCCCUGCUCAUCGCAGACACCCUGCGCCAGCAGCAGCAGCAGCUGCUCACCGCCUUCAUGGAGGCCCGGGGCAUCAGUGUGGCAGUGGGAACUAGCCAUGCACCUCCCUCUGACAGCCCGAUCGGGAUCAGCUCCACCUCCUUCCCAACCCCGUACACAAGUUCAAGCAGUUGCUAAAUAAAACUCCCCACUCCAGAAGCAUUACCCAUAGGUCUUAAGAUGCAAAUCAACUCUCUCCUGGUCGCUUUGCUAUCAAGGAAGUUUCAGACCAGGGAACAGAAAGAAGAGAGAUGAAGCUAACUCGCGUUCUUUCAGCGUGCUGUGUUCGAUAUGCCUUGAAACCAGAAAUCUAAUCUCUGUUUAGGUGCCUCUACUUGGGAGCUGGAAGAGGAGGUGACAGGAAGCAACGCCUCUGUCAGGGUCCUUGCUGCACAGUUGGUGGAGACAGAAAUCCCUGCUCAAUCUCAGGUUUUCACAGGGAGGUGGGGAGGGGCAGCCAUUCUGAAGCAGGUGAGAGUGAAGCCAGCCAUAGUGGGGUGCAAUGGGUAAGGGUGGUAUCAGGUUUAGGGAAUGGGCUCCUGGCUGCCUUGGGACCUCAGCACACCUUUCUCUAUUUCAUCUAAGGAAGGCUCUGGGUGGUAAAAGUGAAAGAAAGCCACCCGGAACUUUCCAAAAUGGACAUACACAAAUUAGAUCAGGGUGGGGGUGACAUAGACAAAUAAAAAGCCAGAAUUUCCAUCCAAUAAUAACAUCCAACAUAUUUCCACAUAGAUGCUCUGCUCAAUCCAGGGCCUUUUUCUGUUUGAGUUGAGCCCAAAUGAAAGGGACCUGUUACCUUGUUCUAUAUACAGUAAGCAAGCUCUAAAACUGCAUUGAAAUGACAUUUGCUGUGUGCUUAGUUGAGGAAGCCAACUAGCAGGUAUUGGCCACAUUUUGGGCUUUGUUAAAAAUGCAGAUCCCUCCUGAAGGAACAGUGCCCUGGCCAUGUAUCCUGCCUGGUUCAAAUGUAUGCCAACCCCAAACUGUUGGCAUUCCCAGGGGUGGGAGGGAUUGAUAAGCAGAUUUUUAAAAAAACAACAACAGCUUUGAGAGAGUUUUCUUCUAACCAAGUAAGCUGUGUGACAGUGGACCCCACAUCUGCAGGUGUCUGUGGGUGGAAGAUGAGCAGGCAAGUGUGCUCAGUGCCACCAUAGUGAAGAAAACUAUUGUCUGGGCCUUUGCAGAGGCCUCGUCACCCAGAAGAAGGCUCCAGCUGAGAUGGGAGUGUAGAAGGGUCAGUGCCUCACCCUGUUGAGGUGGGAGGAGAAGGGCAGAGGUGGCUCCUGUGGUCCCUUCUACCUGAAGUCACCUCAGAAUGAAACACUGUGAGAACACAAGUUGCCCCAGGGAAACUUGUGUGUAAAACGAGAGGACACAUUUGCUAGAAGCCUGUUCCUAUUGCUCCAUGUUCAUCUUGGGGCAAAAACUACUCCACUGAAUCUCAAACUCCAAGAGACUCCAGAAACAUCAGAUCCAGGAUUAGGACAGGCACUCACAUAUUUUCUUUUUCUUUUUCUUUUCUUUUUCAUUGCUCCAUGAUCUGACCAUUCACAUGGCUGUGGUGUGAAAGCUAUCAACUCAUUUAUCACUUCUCUCGUUCAGAGGCCUUUGAUAUCUGCUUGUAAGGUAUUACCUAUGGUAUAUUUGUAAGACAAAAGGAUGCUAUCUGUUUGGAGUUGCUAUCUGGAGCAUAUACUGUGGCAGGCUAUCACGACUGCCACGGAGGCCGCGUCUCACUGUGUGGGUUUCUCUUGUGUAACUCUGGACCUGCUCCCCUCAGGGCAGGGAUUGCUGGACAGCAAGGGAGACGACGGUGUGUGGAGUCCACUCUGUGUUUUGUUUUGUCUGUCUUACUGUUGCUGUUUCAUGUUUGGUUUUGCCGUGCUGGAGACCAGACCUGUGGCUUCAUGCAUGCCAAACAAGUGCUAUUCUACUCAACCGUCCACCCCAGCCUGCUGCUAUUGUCUUAAUGGCCUAUCUUCUUAAUGGUCUAUCGUGAUCACUCCCUUGAGCAUUUUCAUAAGCUGUUUUGCACACCAGAGAGGCCACAUUUGUCAUCAGCAUUUAAUUCUUUUUACUUGUUCUUUUAAUUAUUAAUUAUCUGAUUUUUAUGCCAAGAAUGGUAUUCCCGUUUUCAGUUUAACCACACCUAUGGGUAGAUGUACAGCUUCUUUGCAGCAUUAGUUGCAUUUCACAAAAUGAAGGCUACUGAUAUGCCUAUUUCCUGUACAUCUGAUCUAUAGCCCUCAACUGUUUUCCUCUGCUUUUCCAUUGCAUCCUGCUGUGAUCUGUUGCUGUAUGGCCAUAAGCAUGGCACAUCUAGGGCCGUAGUCUCCAUUUCACACAGAUGAUGUGUAAGAUCCCACUGCUUCUCCUGCCAUGGAUCCAUCCUGGUCUGGACAUAGUCUAAAAUCUGUUUUUGUUGUUGUUGUUGUUGUUGUCGUUGAUAUUUCUUGCUAAGUAAACCCUGAAGACCAAGCUAGCAAUGCUAGUCAAGAGAAUGGCUAGUUUCCAGGAGGGUAUCACUAACACUGGAGAGAUAUUUGGACAUUUGUAGGGUGGCCUGGCCCAUUGGUAGUUCAAUAGCUGUGUGUGGUUUUAUCUUCAGCAAAAGAAUAUACCUCAAAAAAAAAAGUGACAGGAUCUGAAAGUUGGCUCUGUAAUGGUAAAUGAUCCUAGUAUUUUAGCUUCAUGAGUAAAGUAAUAAUUCUCUUGCAAAUACAAUCAAUUCUUGAUGACCUAUGUCUUGAGGACCCUGGUUAUAGCUCACCCAGGUAUAUUCCUGCAUCUUUUGGCUGAUCCCACUUCAUCUGAGCAUCUCACCUGGAUGGGUAGAAGAUUCUAAGGCUAUGUGAUAGUGGAAGAGGUCUGAGUCUCAAGACUGGGCUACAAUUUAAAACUAUGGAUUACUGUAAUUUUGCUCUAGCCCUGAACUGGUUAAAUUCCAGCCACUCCUAGAAGGCUGACCAAUGGCAGAGGGCCUCCUAGCAUCUUUCUAGGAAUACAGUAGUAGACAGAAGCACUCUAAUAUUUCCCCAAAUAUCUGGACACUUGAAUUAAAAAUAUAGAGCCACCCUCUCAUUGUUUAAGCCAUAUUAUAGCUUCAUGUACUGUGAAGUCAGGAAUGUACUGUGAUACUUAAAGACCACUGAGCUCAGUGGGAUUUCAGGACAUAGCAUCAGUUGGUAAUUUAUACCAGACUAGAAGCCCAUUCCUCCUUAGAUUGAAGUCCAAAUUAAAAUCUGCACCAUUGGCUCAAAGACCUCGUAUGUGGUCAUCAUCAAUAAAUUGUCAUAAGUCUCUGCAAGCCAUCAUUACCACCUUCAUAAUGUAUAACUCUAUGACAUCAUGUCUUUAGAUAUGAUUCAAAAGGAUGAGAGGGGCAUAGCAAAGAGUCACCAGUGACUGUGACCCCAGCAGGGUUCUGUGCUGAAACAGCAACCUUGUAAAUUAAAAGAUGUAGCAAUUGUAUAUAAAAGUGAGUCCUUGAGGGCUUAGUCAAGAAUGCUAUCUUUCAAUAGCAUUGAAAGAUAAUGAUUUUAAUAUAUUUGGAGAUUUUUCUCUUUCACUUUGCAGUAAUUUCCUUGCAAAGAAGUCAUGGAAAGAAGAAAACUAGUGAUACAAAAUCAGAAUAGAUUAAAAAAAUAAAAAAAAAAAUCUGAGAUUGGAGUUACAUAUCUGGCCAAUAUAUCUCAGCUUGUGUGUAUUUAAAAGUGAAGGUAACUCAAUAUUAAGUUCAAAGUAUUCUGUAAAGGAUAAAAUGAAAGCACUAUUGUUAAUGUGGCAGCCUUGCCUGACUAGCUAACCAACACUUAGAUGUAACAUUUGAAUGUAGUGAUAGUUACCAAAAAGCAGUUACUGCACAUCACAUAGAGAGUGAUUUUCAGGGAGAAAUAUAGGGUGUGUAAAUAGUUCUGGAAGCCCAGAAUAUGACAGUGUUUUAUCUCAAAACAGUCAGUGUGGCUGCCACUAGAGAAGGCCAGCUGAGCCACUAUAACAGCAUUGCGCUGGCAGCAGGUUGCGACUUCCUAAGCUACUGCUUUCAAAUGCUCAAAUAGGUCCCUGCUUCAGACACUCACUCUACUUCCCCCAAAACUGCUAGAAGCAAAUUAAGGAUCCAUUAAGUCGUCAUUUUUCCGUCCCUGUUGACUUCAUGGUCUUUGGUUUCAGUCCCUUAGACAGCCAUCUGGAGGCUUCCUGGCAGGCAUGAAGAAUUCCUCCUCUCCCUGUAGCCUAUUGGCUUGGUCACACCUUGGACGGUAUCUCUUUCUUCACUACUGCCAAAGGGAAUAUUUGGGGAACAGGGUUAUAGCUAGCCCUAAGCCGGGGGAAUGGAGAGGUAGCAGUAGUGUCUGCCUGUGGGAGUAGGGAGUCUGCACCCGGCCGCCUGAAUGGUCACUGACAGCACACUCCUGCCAGAUAAGGAGUGUGCAGAUUUGUGUUGAAAUAGGCCACAGCUUAGGACCAGCACUCUGUGCAACGGUCCAUAGACAGCCACAGGAGGGUAUAACUGUGAUCUUUUCUGUUUUAUGCCAUUACUGGAAACACCUAAACAAGAACUGGAGUUCCCUCGGAACAACACUGUCCAAUCUUCAACAGAUGACCUCCAACCCAGGUGCCAUGUGCCCUGAAGCAGCUGUUUACACACCUAGAAAUGUUUUCUGGAAGCUGUGACCUCGGGCCUGGACUGACAGGAGACCUCGUGACCAAUCAAGCUGGUGGAGGAAAAGCACAAAAUUCAAUACCAACCUCUAGUUAAGAUCCCAAAGAGAUGCUGACAUUUCUGGCAAAUUAAUUAAUUAAUUAAUUAAAAAAUAAAUAGGAACAGUGGCAAAUAAAAAAGAAUCUGGUUGGAACAGCCAGCAUCCAGCUUCCCAGAGGGAGGAUGGGGCUAAAUGACAUUCUCCUGCUGUGUCAGAAUUUGGAUCCCAGCCAGAGCUGAUCCACCUUCAUCAUACAUGGUGUGGAAUGGCACAACCAUGCGGUCAGUUUAGUCCCAGACUCUCCAUUCUGUGCUGGCCACAAGAACAACAAACUCGAGUGAUAGGAUGUUGAUGGAAGAACCAUUUUCAUAGCAAACUAAGAAAUGGAAAUGUUUCUAUUCCGAACGAUGGGUUUCAGUGUGAAUUUGCAUCUUGCCUCUGUACUGCUUGCUAUUUUUUAAUGAUAGGAGAAAGCAUACAUUUUAUUUUAAAUAUGAAAUAUAUUGCUAUAUUAUAAACUAUAUUGUAACUUUCGAUUAACAUUUUGUAUCAAGCUAGUCUUUAGCAGGCUGAGUGACAGCCUGCUUUCCUGAUGACUGUUUCUGAGUACACAUCGCUGUUAGAGGUUGCCUCACCCCAGACCCAGGGUCCUGGUUCCACAGCAUGCUGGAUAGACAUAUUCUUCUUCUCUAAGACUGAGUGGUAGAGACAAAAAUAGCCCUGAGGUGAGCACAGAAGAAUAAUUCUACCCUAAAUUCUAUCAAGCCAUUUCAGAAGCAAUUGUUAAAGCCAUCAGUCCUUUAGUAGCUAUCAGCGACUUUAGUGACUUUAGUAAAAUCAUACACUCUUUCUAUCCAAAUGCAAAGGGUCUGGUCUAUUUGCCUCAGGCACAGCUAACUAGCUUUUCUCUGGCAAAUCAGAAUUGGGCUUAAGAAAGAGUCUUUUUUACUUUGCCUCAAAAUACUCAAAAUUCUAAGCAUUGGGUUUCUUUGUCUAAGAGGACAACCAAGAUUAGAAUUCUCCCCAGGCAGAAACCAGUGAGAACUGGGGCACAGGUGCACUACUCUGAGCUGGCAAUCUCUGGCUGGUGGGGAGGGGAUUGAGGUUUCUACAGUUUGUCAUCGGUGCGAGAAGAGGAGGCAGGAUAUGCACUGCAAGACCCAGCAGAGAGCCAGCUUCCUCAUCUCCUCUUCACUGUAGCUGGCAUGAAACCCACUCUCUCCUUCAUGCUCCAGAACCCAAGACACGCAUGUAGUGCUAUAGGCUUUCUUCCUUUGAAUUGCUAGUGUCCUAGUCUAUGUCAAAGCAGAAGGACAACUCCCCUGAGUCUACACAUCUCCCUGUGAGGACUUGCUUCCUAGCCUCACUUCUGCAUAUCACUGGAUAAGUGCAGACUGUGUAGUGAGGGGAGAAUCACCUGCCUAUCUCUCCCCUUCCCAACCCCUGGACAUGCACACAGAUCCACAGACCACGUGAAAUCACAGGUGCUGCUCAGGAAAAGAGACUGGAAGCCUCUAAGUUUCCCUGAACUUCAGCCAAGGCUCUGUCGAUGUGGCACCUGUCAGUCAUGCUCCAUGACAAACAAGUAUCUAAAUGUCCGGUUUCAGUCCUUGAGAGUAGCCAGAGCUGUCUGUGUGGGCGAGUCGCAUUCAUGUCUCUCUGCAUCUACAUUACUCCUCAGUUAUAAGCCAGGCUGAGCCCCGUUAAAGCCAUCAGAACACUAGGGCAACUCUUUUUAGCAUAUUACUUACUCACUGGGUAACAGAAAUGAGUUAACUCUCAAUUUUGUAAUUGACUGAGAGACAUUGAUUUGUUUCUUUCUAUGUCCCCUGCUCAAAAUGGAGCUGUCUAUUUCGGUUUUUUCUUCUAAUGCUUUGUAGACUGGCUAAGAUGUUUACAUGUAUAGAGAACACAUAUAUUCUGGCCUUUCCCAUCAAAGCUGUAACUUAUCCACAAUCAAGGAAACUAACUCAAAUUCCAGAUUUGGAGGAGACAGGCUCUGGGCAAUAAUUUGUAUGUGUAGCCAUAGGCUAACCUUUGCUACUCCAGGUGAGCACUGCAGAUGGGCAGCAUUCACACCCCCUUAAACCUAUUAGAAGCAGAUCCCCAGGCCCCAUGCCAAGCCCACUCAAUCACUAUUGGCAUUUUAAAGAGCUCCUGAUGAUCUGUAUGCAACCAGCACUGGGAAAUGCUACCCCCCCCCCACUGCAAUGGUAACUAGCUAGUUCUUCCUCAAACCUUAGUUACUGAAUUGUUUGAUGAUAGACAGGUCUUAUAAGACUAUAAAAAUAAAGAUGGCUUAUAUGAUUGUAAGGCUAAAGAUGGGUGCAUUUGAUACUGCACCGUUUAAGUGAUAUACAUGAACUAUGUUAAUAGGAGGUGGACUUUCUCCACUCCAAUGUGAAAAACACUCGCACCACAGCUUUGAGCCACUUCAAAGUCCCUUUUAGCCUACAGUAGUGGGCCAUCAGAGCAAAAAGUGGUGCCAUGGGCAAGCCCCUGGGCAAAAGGCUCCUGAGUCUCUCCUCAGCAUACUGCAGGAAUGGGUAUUCCUGGUCCCCUGUCCCUCCCUGAGGAAGCCAGCAUCUCCCGGUGAGUGAGGACUCUCCUCUUGGAGACUAGAAGAACUCAGUUCAGCCAUUCAGACACAUGCCUAAUCUCCUGAGACUAUUCUCCUGUUUGUUGUAUCAGGCAAGGUGGGCAAGGAAAGAUGUGAAUUCUGAUAUUGGCACCCUAAGUUGAUAUGUACGCAGAAACAGUUAUGUUCUAAAUUAAUGGCUUUAACCUGUUCAUUGCAAAAAGUGCCUUGGACUUCAAUCUAAAGAGGUCAGUAUAAAUAUGUAUGUGUGUGUGAUGUGUAUGUAGGCAAAUAUUUACAUAUUUAUACAUACAUAGGUGCACACACAUAUACCUGCACAUUCAUAUAUAAUAUAUACAUACAUAUAUAAAUGCUUCAUAAUAUAUCAUAUUGCUAUUCACAGAUUCUUAUUUUGUUUGGUCCUAUGUUUAUUUGUUUAGUGAGAUCUUUACAUAGAAAGGUUCUUUUCGGGACAUGGAUGUAUUUUUUUUGUUUGUUUGUUUUUUACUUUUUAUUAAAAAGGUAAAGGAUAUUAAAAGAUUAAAAAAAAAAAAAAAAGCAAAGUGCCUGAAAGUUUUGAAUGGAAUGUGGUAAACUUUCACAAGCCACCAAAGAAGAAACUAAUUUCCAUUUGAGAAAUAUUUUUCUGUUUCAAUAACUUUGUAUUCCUUGAGGGAAGUGCCCAAAUAAGAAAGGGUGAACUGACUUUGUGACGUCCGUUAGAAUAUGUGUCUGUGGUCUCUGCAAGGCAACUCCUGAGAUUUUUUGAGUCAGAAGGGCCUCAUCCUCACAUGGCAGCAUGGUUUGGGGGGUGUUGUUCUUUGCGUCCUGGAAAAAGGAGCUGGGGCUCAGAGUCAUGGCAGAUGUAGCUCCGGACACACACUGCUGAAGGCUGGCAAGGACUCCCUCCUCCUGGUCCAGGCGGACACCUCUGUUUUGAGCAGCUAGCAGAAGGCCUCCUGGCGCUCUCUGGCGCCACCUUUCCGCAGUGAUGCGCCCAGCCGCUCUGCCUGAGCCACAGCCCCUUCUCUUUGAAAGGUGGGGUCAAAAGCUUCCGGAGAAUUUCUGGUUCCCGGGGCCCUGCUCACAGGCUAAAAGGUGCGUUAUCUACUUCUUCAAACCAUGUAGAUCUGUCCGGCAGCCUGUGGAGACACUCAGGCAGCAGCCAGGACCAGGCAAGGGAGUCCAGAUCCUGCAGUCGCAAGGGCAAAGCGCCUCUUGGAAAUUCCAUCUGUGGUUACAAGCGACCGUGGCCGUGUGCGCACUGUCUUAACAAGAAAACCCUGUUGUGCACCUUAGAGCUGGAAAGACAACCAUGUCCAGCAGCUCCAGGGUACUGGCACAGACAAAGAAUUGUCACUAGACAGACAGGUCAGGGCAUCUGGAGAUGCACAGGAAACAGAGUUCCUGAGCUGAAACCUGAACCCUCAUUUUCCUUCCUACAACUUUUUGAGAUAGAAACUUACCAUUAUCACGUGACUUAGGUGCUUUCAUACAGAGGACUUAAUAUUUGGAAUUUUUUUUUUUUAGGCUUUAUACCAAAACGUUUUUUUUUUCUUCAAAAACGCAAUCUAUUUCUAUUGCUCAUUACUAAAAGGUCUCUUCUAAAAAUUCCUAUAAACAAAUGUAUUUUCUGACUCUGUGAUUAUUAGACAGUCAUUACAUAUGUUUAUAAUCAGUAACAUUUUCAUUUAAGGACCUCAGAAACUGUCACCCUGGGAGAGAGGAUGUCAAAUAUUAUACCCUUUUGUGCCCAUGAGAAGACAAGGCCACAGAAAACUGAGCAGCAGUGACUCUCGGAGCUAACCUGACCACAUAACCUGAGCACAAACUGAGUUUCCCUGCAGCUAGUGACAGCUGAGAGCCAGAUGCCUGUUAACAUCCUGGGGCAUCAGUUAAUGUGUGGUGGGGGUGUUAGUAGGUUGAAGGUUCUAGGGAGACUGCAUUUUCUUCUCUGUGCGAAGGAUGGGAGUGUGAUGCCAAAGGGGACCACUCUGUGGUCUUCUUCACUCCUGAAUGAAAACUGAAGAACACAUAUGUACACAUGUGGCAUGUGCUGGUAUGAUAUGACUGCAUUAAAUAAACAAGAAAGAAACAACACAUACAAACCCCUAAAAA